AUGAACUUCACCGAAUUAAAAAAGAAAAACAAUGAGCUGGACCAGUUCGCCUACGUGGUUUCCCAUGAUUUAAAGGCUCCUCUGAGGGGCAUCGACAACAUCAUUAGCUGGGUAGAGGAAGAUCAUGCCAGUGAGUUGACAGAGUCAGUAAAGCACAACCUCGAUCUGAUCAAAGGCCGGACCAAGCGCCUGGAGAAUAUGAUCAACGGCUUGCUGGCAUACGCCCGCAUCGGGAAAGUCAAACGAAAUACAGAGCCUGUAAACAUCCGGAACCUGCUUCUUGAGCUGAAGGAGCUCCUCGUUCCUUCUCAUUUCAAAUUCCGGAUCAUCGAUCGAGCAGGUAUUUUCGAACCUGAUUUCCAAUGCCGUCAAGUACAAUCAGAAGGCGGAAGGAACGAUUACCAUAGAAGCAAAAACACUGGCCGGCUCCUAUGA